UACAGCGCCGUGGACAGCAAUCCCCUAUCCCUGUACGUCAUGCAUCCCUUCUGGAACGCCAUCGUGAAGAUCUUCCCCACCUGGCUGGCCCCAAAUUUGAUAACGUUUUCUGGCUUCCUGCUGCUUGUCUUCAACUUCUUCCUCAUGGCAUACUUCGACCCUGACUUUUAUGCUUCUGCUCCUGAUCACCAGCAUGUUCCAGAUGGAGUGUGGAUCAUUGCAGGGCUCCUCAACUUCAUUGCCUACACGUUAGAUGGCGUGGAUGGGAAGCAGGCUCGCAGGACCAACUCCAGCACACCCCUGGGAGAGCUCUUUGACCACGGCCUGGACAGCUGGGCCUGUGUGUACUUCGUCGUCACAGUCUACUCCACCUUUGGCCGUGGCUCCACGGGCGUCAGUGUCUUCGUUCUCUACCUCCUCUUGUGGGUGGUUUUGUUUUCCUUCAUCCUCUCCCACUGGGAGAAGUAUAACACUGGGAUUCUCUUCCUGCCCUGGGGAUAUGACAUCAGCCAGGUGACCAUUUCAAUUGUCUACAUAGUGACAGCCUUUGUGGGAGUGGAGGCCUGGUAUGCACCUUUCCUGUUUAAUUUCUUAUAUAGAGACCUAUUCACUGCAAUGAUUAUUGCUUGUGCCCUCACUGUGACGCUGCCCAUGAGCCUCUACAACUUCUACAAGGCCUAUAAGAGUAACACCCUGAAGCACCACUCUGUGUACGAAAUCAUGCUGCCCCUGCUGUCCCCAGUGUUGCUGUUCCUGCUCUGCACCACGUGGAUCUUCAUGUCCCCGACUGACAUCCUGGAGGUUCAGCCCAGGCUCUUCUAUUUCAUGGUUGGAACAGCCUUCGCUAACAUUUCUUGCCAGCUGAUCGUCUGCCAGAUGAGCAGCACGCGCUGCCAGCCCCUCACCUGGAUGCCGCCGCCCACCGCGGUGCUGCUGCUGGUGCUGUCUGGGCUCACACCCCACAGCGAGACACUGCUCCUCUACCUGCUGACUGCUUUCCUCACCCUGGCACACAUCCACUACGGAGUGGUCGUGGUGAGCCAGCUGAGCAGGCACUUCAAUAUCCGGCCCUUCUCCCUAAAGAAGCCCACGCCAGACUGACUAGGAGUGGAGGAGGAGAAAAUCAGCUUGCAGGCUGCAGAAGUACUGUAA